AUGGCCAACCUGAUGAUCAGCACAGGGCAGGCAGAAGUGCUGGUGCAGCACCUUACCCCAGCACAGAGGAAGCAUCUACCUGUCAGCAUACUCCCCAAGCCCAACGCCAUAGCCCAACCCAAAAAGAGAGUUCCUAAACCCCCUCCUCCCGCACAAACCAAGACGCAACACACUAAAGAACCCUCAGCUCCAGCUAAGCGCAUAAAAGACGUAGUGAAAAGUGCCAAAAAGCACAAAAGAGCAACCGUCAACCACAAACAGCCAAAGAAAACUGCAUCCAACCAACCGCCCAUCACCAAGGCACGUACUCCCUCCCCCUCAGGGAGCGGAGACGAGUCAGACUGCCCCCUCGUCAUCGACGAAUUCCGUGACACCACCUCCGCAGACACGACCGAGCUGCAAAUACCUGGCACCGACGGGGAAGGCUUCCAAAAGGCACGGAAAACCGCCCGCCUAUCCGCGCCCCAGCAAGCGAGAGCAGCCGCUGGAGACGACAGUGACGAAGCACUCCAGCUCCUUGUGAGACUCGUGCCGCACGCAGCCGCUGCACCCCUCGGAGACGACACCGAAAACGAGGAAGAGGAGAUGCAGACGGAGCAGACACAGGCGGGCUCCCAAACGACAACGUCACGUGCCUCGAGGAAGAGGCACAAAUCUGACGACGACGCCUCAGCCCGGACGUGCGCAAAUUCCGCAAGGAAAACGCGCAAAACAACACGAAAACCGGGACAAAAACUCGCCUCCGCGCGCGGGCUUCUAAAGUGGACAACGACGGCUUCGAAACUGCUACGAAGCCCGCGAAAGCCACACGUCAGCCGACAGCAGCACCAGUAG